AGACCAACACUAGGUACCACUGUUUCAGCCUUCAGCCGUCCACUCCUACAGAGAAAUCAAACAAUUAAGAUGGCAAAGAAAACCCAAAAUGACCUCGAAAAUUCCGACCCAUUGCCAAACUCCGGUGUUGUUGAGUGGCCCUGUAAACCCACUGCUGAAUCGUCAGGUUGGCCUUCCUGCUGGCCAAAUGACAGUUCAAAAUCAAAGUUACAAACCCCUUUGCCCACCGCCGAAGACGAGGCCGCGAACAAGGCUCAGCUUCCGGCAUUGCUCGCUGUUUCCGAAUAUUUGAAGCCUACACUCACCCUAGACGACGAUGAAGAUGAUUUCCCCGAGUAUAUAACUGACGACGAGGAUGAUUUCGACAGUGAGGAUGAGGAAGAAGAGGGUUUUAAAGACUACGAUUUUUUCAUGAAAUUGUUCAAGGGAGAUAAUGGUUUGAGAGAGUAUUAUGAGAGAAAUCGUGAGAAUGGAGAGUUUUGUUGUCUCGUGUGUUGUGGGGUGCGUGAGAAAGGGUGGAAGAGGUUUAAGAACUGUGGGGCUCUUGUUCAGCAUGCCAUAACCAUUGCUAAGACAAAAAAGAGACGGGCUCAUCGGGCUUAUUGUCAGGUCGUUUGCGAUAUCCUUGGUUGGGACUUUAAUCGCCUCCCCUCCAUUGUACUUUCUGCAGGUGAUAAGGCUCAGGGGAAUGUAGACGAUGGUGGUGAAGAAUGUUUGAGUGGUCAUUGCAAAACCACAAAUUCUGUAAGUGUCAGCAGUAUUGAAGCGUCUCUGUCGAAAGUGUCUUUGAUUAAUGAAAGCCAACAAGGAAAAUGUGGUGGCUCCACUGAAUUAGAGCACAAUUCUCCAAGUGCAGCCACUGCUGAUAGAAGCUUGGGAGAUCUCGGCAAAGGUAUUCCUGAAACAACCAAAGAGAGCGCAGAGGGGGUCUUUAAUUGCCUGGGGAAUACUGUGAGCAAAGACGGUGCUGAUGGACUCUUGGAAGAUCUCAGCUGUUUAAGUCUCGAAACACUGAAAGUGAAUGAAGAGGUUGCAUCCAAUUGGGUGGAACCUUCCAAAGAGUGUCCAGUUGUUGCAAAUGAAGAAAAAGAGAGUCAGAAGGAUGAUGAUGUUCAUAAAUGACAGGAGUUGCUAUCCAGAAGACAGGGGAUGCAAGGUGGAAAGAUUUUAAUGUCUCAAGUUGCUGUAUGCAUUUGAGAUCUCUUGUUCUAGGUCAUGUGUUAACGUGUAGUUUGCUUGUUUAGUUGCAUGUAGUUGGGAGGAUAAAGUUUUGUGUUCAGAUGUAAAAUCUUUCUUCGAUGAACGAUGAACAACACUUGGUCAAUGAUCUAGGUGAACCACUUGGUCUAAGGAGACAUAAUAGUUGAUGGAAUGACACCCUAGUUGUUUCUCUA